CUCAUUCAUUAACUAAAAGUGUCUAUCAUUCUCGAUUAAGUAAUAAUGUCCGGACGUCAAGGUGGUAAAGCUAAGCCAUUAAAGGCUCCUAAGAAGAAGCAACAAGAUUUAGAUGAAGAUGAUGUAGCUUUCAAAGCUAAACAAAAGGCUGAUGCUGAUGCCAGAAAAGCUAUGGCUGAAAAGGCAAAGAAAGGUGGUCCAUUACUUGGAGGUGGUAUCAAAAAGAGUACCAAGAAAGGUAAUCCUCCAUCUUAUAAAGAAGCCUUGGGUAAUAAUACUCAAUCAAGGAAUGUUACUCAGAAGAAGCGUAAACCACCACCACGGAUUCCUUCUGAAAGUGAGGAAGAUGAAUUUGAUAAGAAUCUUGAUGCUGAGGAUGAAAACCGCAUUAUUACCGCAGUUAACGAAGGCAAGGAAUUGGCAAGAAAAUGCGCAUUAUAUUUUGCUGAUCUUGAUGACUUUGCUGUUGAUAAAUCAACCAUCAAUGCCUGGCAAAGGGCUUUGAACAAAGUUUACGAUGAAGCAGAUGGCCUUGAAAGAGCACUACACAGAUUAGACCUUAUAUAUAUAAAAUACAACGGUAAGACUCACGGUCGUCCAUUUUAUGAAGAAUUCAGUUAUAGAUUGACAGCCAGAAUAUCUCCUAAAUUAGGAAUAGCUACAGACCGAGUUGAAGCUAUUCCCCUCCAAGUGCAACAAAGAGAUUCUCACGAUGAACAAGAAGGAAGAGAAUCAGGCAAUGAAGACGAACAGAACUAA